GGCCCGGGGCCUGCGCGGGGCUCGGGUAGUGGCCAGGUGUUUACCGUCUUCUGGCUACUACAGCAAAGCAGCCUGACCCCCCUGGCACCUUGGGAGAGUCUCCAGCCUCCCAGCCCUUCCAACGGCGAGAGAUCGCCCGCGUCCUAACCUGCUACCAGAACUACCCAGCCCCUAUGUCAUUUCUUUACAGUUAUUUGUCAUGAUCGUCUCUUUAUAAUUAAAUUGACCGAAUUUUUCACUCUUAUAUUUUGAUUCUCCAUCACAGACUUCUGAGUGUUUGCAAAGGGACAAUUCUGUGAAUUGUGGUUUUUAUCCGUUACUCAGUUUACAUGACUUCAAAAGCUGAUCCUUAGAAAUGAUCAGUAGAACAAAGUAGCCCAUCCAAGCUAUGCUGCCAGCAACUUAGUAAUAGGAUCAUCUCCAUAAUACUAAGCACAGAGAUAUUUCCAUGUGGUCUACCCAAGUACAAAUUGGAACCAGCCAUGAGUGUAAAAAAUGGAUCUGGCCAACCACGGACUUAUACUGCUACAGCAGCUAAAUGCACAGAGGGAGUUUGGUUUCCUGUGUGACUGCACGGUUGCUAUUGGUGAUGUCUACUUCAAGGCGCACAAAUCUGUCCUUGCUUCUUUCUCCAACUACUUUAAGAUGUUAUUUGUUCAUCAGACCAGUGAAUGUGUUCGUUUGAAAGCAACUGACAUACAACCAGAUAUCUUCAGCUAUCUCUUGCAUUUGAUGUAUACUGGGAAGAUGGCACCUCAGCUCAUUGACCCAGUUCGAUUAGAACAGGGAAUAAAGUUUCUGCAUGCAUAUCCACUGAUUCAAGAGGCCAGCCUUGCCAGCCAGGGUACCUUUUCUCAUCCAGAUCAAGUUUUUCCAUUAGCCUCUUCUUUAUAUGGCAUUCAAAUUGCAGAUCACCAGACAAGACAUCCCACUAAAGUUACCUCAGCAACUGACAAACUUGGGCGAGACCCAAGGCCACAGGCUUCCAGGAUGAGCCAAGAACCAGUGUCUGAGGGCUCACAGCUCUCACAGUUGGCUUCAAGUCUGCCACAAGUGACCCGGACAAAUAUGACCACUUCUGACCCCUUGCAGUCUUCACUGUCUCCAGAACUGGUUUCCACUGCUGGUAAUAGUUCUCCUCCAGAGGAGGAAGCCAACAUGGAAGCAUCUUCUUCAGAUGAACAGCCUGCUUCACUCACAAUAGCACAUGUCAAGCCAAGUAUUAUGAAAAGGAAUGGAAGCUUCCCAAAAUACUAUGCCUGCCACCUCUGUGGUCGUCGGUUCAAUCUGCGAAGCAGUUUGCGCGAGCACCUUCAGAUCCACACAGGAGUACCCUUCACAUCAAGCCAACAGGGAGAAAGUAGCAUUUCCCUGUCUCUUUGUAAUAAUGCAGCUGAAAAAGAUGCCAUGGAAGUGCCUGAAGCAGGAAUGAUUAGUGACAGUGAGCUGCAACAGAUCUCAGAUUCCCCAAUAAUUGAUGGACAGCAGCAGGCAGAAACACCACCACCAUCGGACAUUGCAGACAUAGACAACUUGGAGCAGGCAGAUCAAGAAAGAGAAGUUAAAAGACGGAAAUAUGAGUGUUCCAUCUGUGGACGUAAAUUCAUUCAAAAAAGCCACUGGAGGGAGCAUAUGUACAUACAUACUGGCAAACCUUUCAAGUGCAGCACUUGCGACAAAAGCUUCUGCAGGGCUAACCAAGCAGCCAGACAUGUGUGCCUAAAUCAGAGCAUGGACACAUAUACUAUGGUGGACAAACAGACUCUGGAACUGUGUACUUUUGAGGAAGGCAGUCAAAUGGACAACAUGUUAGUACAGACCAACAAGCCCUACAAAUGUAACUUGUGUGACAAAACAUUUUCAACUCCCAAUGAAGUGGUCAAACAUUCGUGCCAAAAUCAAAACUCUGUCUUUGCUCUAGAAGAAGAUAGAUCCAUUCUGCUAGGUAGUGAGGACACAGAAGCUACAGAGACUGAUAACUCCGUGUUAACCUCCAUCAAAAAGGAGCAGGAGGCAGUGUUGUUAGACUGAAGGUGAAACAUAUCAGUUUUUUAAAGUUCAUUCAUUUGUAUCAAACUAAUACUCCCCCUGCAACCAGAACUACAUUGGCAUGGUAAAAAAUUGGAUCUUGCCUCUCCCACAAAUAAAUAAAAGGCCUUUGCCUCAAGCCACAAUAUAAUUGAUUUUAAUACAGAGGAAAGAAAGUGUGUAGAGGUAAUUCAGCUAACUUUGUCAAUAGUACUAGUAAACUCAAAUUUAAAUAGAUUUUAAACAGAUUUUAGAUUAUUUAAAUGCAUACAUAGAUGCAAUGAAGUGUGUAAUGAGAAAUAAAAUACCAUUUUGGUAAACGAAGAAUAUAUAUAUAUUUAAUUAUAAUUAUUUUCUCUGGUAACAAGUCUUCCUUUUGAGAAGAAAUAGCAGAUGAUGCAGCGUGCUUUCUAGAGCUACAUGUACAAACUCUGUAAGAUAACUAAAAAAGGCUUAAAACUUUUCACAGUGAACCCAGGAAACCUUGUUUUUAGUCUUUAGUUUUUCCUCAAGUAUUCCCUGGGGUAUGUAUUUCAGGUAUCAUCAUUGACAUUAUGUCCAUUCAAGAAAAUUUAGUUACUUAGUCAACUUUGACUAAAGUAGCAGUAAUAAUAAUGUGAUGGCAAUCUUUUUAUAUGUAUAUAUAGAAAGUGUGUGUGUGUUUGUGUGUUUGAUAUAUACAGGUAAAUGAAUGCACACACCCUAUCUAAACAAUUGGUCAUCUGCUUUCAAGUUCAACCAAAAAGGUCCAUAAAUUUUAGUUAUUUGACAGAUAAGCCAUUUUACACAACACUUAUUUUUAAAUUACAUUUAAACUGCCCCAGGAUGUGUGCAUUUUUAUUAUCGUGUUUGAAUGGAAAUUAAUAUAAUUAGUGCUGUCACUCAAGACAUGGAGGAAACUAGAGAACAGAGAAAUUGCAUACUAGUGAGCACUGUGCAAUUAUCAGUGCUGCAUUCACAUGUGCUGUAGCAAUAGAUCCGAGUCAUUCCUGAUAUGAGGGGAGACUUGAUCACCUUAUUCACACAAGUAGUCUCAGACUUCAGUGAGUCUAAUUGCAUGAGUUAAGGUGAAAAAGAUUUGGCCCUUUGUUUACUGUAGUCACCUUCUAGCAGCGGACAGAGGGAAAGGUGGCUAUGGAUCAUGGUUGUUUUAAAAGUGAAGCUGCAGUGCUGGCCAGUGUAUUCUAUUGUUUAAGGGAUUCCCAUUACUUUAGACUCCAAGGCAAAGUAUGCAAAUGCUGGGAGGGCAAAUACCAUAGCAUUAGCUAUUGCUCAGGAUAGCACUGCAUCUUUGUAUUUAAAAUCAAGUUGAUGAUUUUUAUAUUUAAUUUUUUAUAGAUGCCUGGAUUUUUUGCCCGUAGCCUAAAAACUAAGCUGGCGGCAGUAAGGAAGCCCACUGAUCAGUCAUUGGGCCAAUAGGAAGGCUUAUGUAGGCAGAGUAAGUGCCCCACCAUAAAUGGAGGCAGUGUGGAGGGGAGGGGGGAAAGGGCAAGGCACAAAACAUAGCUCAGCUCUGUGUAUAUGUUUAAACUGAGUAUCAUCCUAUUUUGUGUAUAGUUAAGUUCUCAGAUUUGUAAGUUUUUAUACAUCAUUUCAUUGAAUAAAAAUUGAAUUAAAUGGAA